CUGAUCUGGUGAUGGCGUGCGAUCGCUUGGCUGAUGUACUCAUAAAGGCAUAUAAAAAUCCCAUUCAGAUGCAGGUGGAUAUUGCAAGAUAUAGCAAAUUGAUCUCCCCGAAGGACACCGGGCAUAAUGAACAGAGAGAGGCUAGGUUGCUUGAGAGGUGUCCUCCUGGCCAUGAAGGCAAAAGGUUGGUCGACGAACCUGCCACAAUUCUCGAUGCAUCCGGUGCCAUCAUCGCAUGGUACCUCCCAGACGCCCUGACCGACACCACCCAGAAGGAAAUCAGGGAAGCCACCAAUUUGCUCGCUCCAAGCCUCGAAAAAAGUGUAAGGGCUGAUGGCAAUUGGCGAACUAAUCAAAAGUGGUUCAACCGGGGCUCGGAAGAUGUUGGGGCAACUCCCGGAUGCAUCAAUUUAUCUCCGGCAUGGUUUCAACAGGGACACGAGAAUGUGUCCGAUCCGGAGGUAUCUGCAUCAUUGAAGGGACCUUCCUGCGAGAAUAUCCUCAAAGCCAUUUCAAGGCCAGCAGCCAUCGCGUCCGCGGCACUCAGAGUCAUGCAUCCUGAGCAGUACUGGGCAGGGUUGCGAACCUUGUCAAACCUCGGACAUAUAGCAGUAAGCAAGGAUCUGCCACAGAUGCCGGAGGUCCUGCAGUACUGGGCAUCGGUGUUUAACACCCUCUCC